UUUUGCCAUUGGGCGGAAGCAGUGCUGCGCCGCUGGCUCGGUGCGGGGCCGGCAAGAUGGCGGCGGAGGAGUUGAGCCGCAUCCCCAGCGUCGACAUCGACCCCGACGGCGUCUUCAAAUACGUGCUGAUCCGCGUGCGGCCGGCGGGGGGCCAGGGGCCCGCCAGGGAUCUCGUGCGGGGCUACGCCUGGGCCGAGUACCACGCUGAUAUUUAUGACAAGACUGCAGCAGAAAUCGAGAAGCAAGGCUACGACUGCGAGUGCUUGGGCGGGGGCAGGAUCUCCCAUCAGAGCAAGGAGAAGAAGAUCCACGUUUAUGGAUAUUCUGUGGGCUUUGGUCAAGCAAAACACUCUGUGUCCACAAAGAUACUGAAAGAUGAGUAUCCAGACUAUGUGGUCACCUGGGCUGACGAAGGCUACUGACCUGGCUUACUCCGACAGCAGCAGACAUCACUCCCUUUUCCUGGGACUGAGAAGCUCAGGUCAUUGGCUGGGCUUGUGGGAGCAGAGAGCCUGCACUGGCCAGUGCUCUGGAUCUGCCUGGGCUCCAUUGUGUUUCCUUGUGUCUGGAGCUUCAUGGAAGAUACAAGUUCAUUCUGCUGGGAAGCUUCUGGCAGGAGGGGGGUGAGCCUAGAGCAUGAGGAAUUCACCAGCCUCCAUGCCCUUCGCAUCCAUUAAUUUUCUCAGCCCUGUAGUCUUGAGCUGCAUCUGACGAAGGGGCAGCAAAGCCUGUGGUGGAAAUCCUGGCCCCAGUAAAACCAGGGGGGUUGCCAUUAAUCUCAGUGGAGCCAGGACUUCUCCCUGAAUGUUUAUGGUGAAAAUUAAACAGUAUCUUUAAAUUUA